AUGGAGGAUACAGACACAACUGAACUCAAUGCAGUAAACGAUGGCAGUCCUUUCAGCGCUGGUGCGAAGAGUGCAUUCAAAAGCACAGAAGAGACAAUGGCGGAGCUUCGACGUGAGAACUUCCGUCUGCGCUUGGUAUUAUAUGACUACCAAAAGGCCAAAAAGCGCCUAAUUGACCCACAAGAUGCAGAGUCAUCGAGGCUUUUUGCAGCGGAAGCGGAAAACUUGUCACUGAAGGAGGCAUUGAUUGAAAAAUCUGAUUUAAUUCGUUCUGCUUCGUAUGUCACUUUUCGUAAAAAUCCAUCUUUUAGAAAAAUGAUCGACAUUCUGAAAGCUGAGAAUGACUCUUUCAAGGAGCAGCUGAAAGAAGCCAGAGAGAGAAUGGAGCAGCACGAAAGAGGUCUUUUGUGUACCAAAUGUGACGGUGUUCUUGCCGGUUUUGAUUUAGAAUGGCGGAAGAAAUACGACGAGGUCUAUGCAGAACUCGUAGAAGUCAGAGAGGCCCUGCACCUCAGUGAUCUCAAAGCACGUGCCCAGGAACACCAAGUUGCCAGGCAAACGGGGGAGUUACAGAGUCAAGUCGCCGAGUUACAAUUUACCGUUGACGCUGGCCGUACCGAAAUCGAUCGCAAAACUCGUGAACUGGAAUCUGUCCAAGCGGACGUAUCGAAACUGAGAUCAGUCUUGGAGCAGCUGAGUGAAGGUCAACCGGGUGCAGACGGUCCUCAGCACAGUUUGAAUGAACUAUCUCACGGUUUACACGAAUCUUGUGUGAAACGCAUCCAAGAACUGGCGUCAUUGCUACAUUUGUUGAUCAGGCAAAUUACCGAUGCUGGUUUAACACCAGUCGCCACCGUUCCUUUGGACCUCUCACUGAACUUUGAUCAGAUAGACAGGAAACCUCUCGGUGAACUAGCAGCUGUACACAAUCAGCCCGUUCCAACCAAUCAGCAGACGUCGAAAGGCUCUACAACCGACGAAGAUGUUCAAGAUGCAGAGAUACCGAGCACCGAUGUAGCUUCCAGUGUCUCCUGGUUGACUGAUCGCCUGAAUGCUGCUCGUCAACUUAUUUUAGAUCUUGGAAAUCAAAGACUCAAGCAAGAUGCCUGUAUAUCUCAGUUGAAACUGAUGCACCGGAGUGAGCUUGAUGCUCUGAAGGAAAACUGUCGUUCAAUGGAAGAACAGCUUCAUGUAAGUGAAAACUUCCUCACCUUUUCACAUCAUUUUCAGAAGCAAAAGGUAUCAUUCGAGACGGAAGCUGCAAAACGAAAUGAGGAAAUUCAUAACCUAAACCAAAGGGUAGCAGACCUUUUGGGCCAAGCUGAAAACGAAAUGAAGAUGCGUGGGAGACUACUGGCCGAUGUGGAUCAGGCGCAAGAACAGGCACGUCGUUUGGAAUGUGAAAAGACGGAAGUUCGAGACCGUCUUACGGCUGAACUGCGUGAAAAGGAACACGUGAUCCAACGUUUACAACUGGUUCUCGCUGUCGUCGGUAAUAACGGUGAUGUCACACAACACACGAUUCCUAACGAAACUUGUAUGCUGGAUUCAUUCGGCCUUGAUACCGGAGCUCGUGAAGAGACUGGAAAACUAUUGUCUGGUCUGUCUCCGGAACAGCAGAAAACUGCUGCUGAUGGAGAUGGAGGUUCAUUCAUGCAACAUAUUCUCUUAUCAUCUGCCGGCGCACCUGAAACAGCAGAUGUGGAUAAAUCGGGUGAUCAUCCGCCACGCUCUAUAGAGUCGGCUACAUUCAAUUUGGAUGUGGCUUCUGGUGAUGACAAGGCAGAUGACCAGGACGCUCAAAAUGCGUCUUCGAAGGAGGCAGCCGCCCAACGUGUUCCGGAUGAUAUCCAAGGUCUACAGCGGGAACUAACAACUGUGCGGCAGCAACUGGACAAACAGAAAGAAGAGUACGCUCGGCUCAAAAAUGCCUACACUAUCCUGGCAACCGCCACAAACAUUGGUUCUCUGGCAUCGGAGGCUAUAACAUCAUUUGACGUGACGCAUGAUUUGGGCCAGCUGUCGAAUUCCUCUUCGUUGGCUGAGUCCAUUGGCGACUUGCCCACUGUAAGCACUCCGCCCUGUGCGUCGCGUUCUCCCGUCUUUGACGAAACUUCCAAUUUGGAUGAGUUGGUUGUCGCACGGUCGCUUCUCCUCACGCGCCUGUUGUUUUCCAUGUUGCUAGCAGCUAACCGUGGUUCGGCUGAAGACUUGUCUGCCAGGGACGUGUCUGGCACCGCUGUGGAUGUUGGUAAAGCCCAGACUGCCAACGUUUCGACUGUACCGCCUAACACAUUCAACCCACUGAUUCUCCCGAGUCGCACCAGGGCCGCUUCUGGAGCAGAUGACCAGGACGCUCAAAAUGCGUCUUCGAAGGAGGCAGCCGCCCAACGUGUUCCGGAUGAUAUCCAAGGUCUACAGCGGGAACUAACAACUGUGCGGCAGCAACUGGACAAACAGAAAGAAGAGUACGCUCGGCUCAAAAAUGCCUACACUAUCCUGGCAACCGCCACAAACAUUGGUUCUCUGGCAUCGGAGGCUAUAACAUCAUUUGACGUGACGCAUGAUUUGGGCCAGCUGUCGAAUUCCUCUUCGUUGGCUGAGUCCAUUGGCGACUUGCCCACUGUAAGCACUCCGCCCUGUGCGUCGCGUUCUCCCGUCUUUGACGAAACUUCCAAUUUGGAUGAGUUGGUUGUCGCACGGUCGCUUCUCCUCACGCGCCUGUUGUUUUCCAUGUUGCUAGCAGCUAACCGUGGUUCGGCUGAAGACUUGUCUGCCAGGGACGUGUCUGGCACCGCUGUGGAUGUUGCUAACCGUGGUUCGGCUGAAGACUUGUCUGCCAGGGACGUGUCUGGCACCGCUGUGGAUGUUGGUAAAGCCCAGACUACCAACGUUUCGACCGUACCGCCUAACACAUUCAACUCACUAAUUCUCCCGAGUCGCACCAGGGCCGCUUCUGGACUAUCUGCUAGUUGUGUGGGACAACCUCUUUCUGUCGAAACGGUUCUCAAUCUAUCAUUACCGGGUGUGCUGGAUCCUGAUAGCCAAGACGUCCGUCGUUUGCCUCACAACAGUCCUGCAAUUUAUGAUGGACAGACCACCCCUCGUUUCGAACCGCAGUCGUUAGCCGGACUUCGUACACUGUACAGUCUGAUUCAUGGCCUAAAGUUGCAACUGGAUGAAGUUCGUUUCACUCAGCACUCGUUUGUUGAAAUGGUCAACCGAAGUUUAUCAGCAGUUGUUCUGGACAAUUCCACCAACUCAUUUCCCGAAAAUAUGACGGAGCCACGCAAGAACGUCGGGAUCGGGACAUCCUUUCUCUUCCCUUCUGACUGUCAGAAGGGUAACUCAUCAGUGCAGAUAUCUAAAGCUGAUGCGACCUACGGUGGAAACGAGACAAUUUUGGAGAACUUACAACGCAGCUUCCUCAUUCGACCCGAUUCAGAUGUGGAUCUGGAUAAAUCCUCGACGUCUGUAAGCAACGUGAACAAAACGCUUGGAGAGUUACGGGCCUAUCCUCGGUCACCUGGACGCCCGUUCUGUCCACCCCACCCAGUGAACCAGCCGAACGCUAACGCGCCUCGUAUCGCUUCGAUACUGAAGUCGAAGAAUCCUCUAGCUCGUGUGAAAGCCACAUAUCAGGCGGCUUCUGUCAGCUGGUGCGACGAUGCUCCCACACAGCCAGCAAUGGAGAUCCCACAUCCACUGAGCAUUAGCUUCAAUGUGGACGACCGCUCCAAUUCAUCACGUCCCUCUUCACGAAUAAGUUUGGAGCAGUCAGUUGUCGGCGAUUUAUCGCUUGUCGAGUGGCAGAACAAAGAAUUGUUCGAACGCCUAGCCCGCGCGACUGCAAAAUUGCGCGAUGCACUGGAUGAAUGUGUUGAGGCCAGUUCGCAGUUGUGGGCUGGUGAAACGGAAAACUCGUUGGCCAAGUUGUUCCACAACACCUUGGAACUCUCACAUCAGGAUGAGGACCAUGGGGACAACAAAACACCGGAGCGUUCCAAAGCCGCCGAUUGGAACACCAGCGGUUUGGCUCCCAAUCAAAGUGUGCAGUUCGAUGGGCUGCAUCCGCAGUUAGAUUCGGCCCGCAUGAGCAAUGAUGUUAGUUUCAGUCAGCUAUUUGGUCCCGCGUGGUCUGCCGCACCGGAUUCAUCAUUCUCAGAGAAAACUGACCAAAAAGUUUCUGCCGAUACGCAAACUGUGACGUCGAAACCCUGCACUACGUCUGCGACGGUGACUAGCACCACUACCACCGCACAGGCUUUCACCGACCCCACUGAUGUUGUCACGCUCCAUCGUUACGUGGCUUUGCUAACACACGCUUUGUCUGUGUUGCGCCGAACCAUUUCGGAUUCCAUGCAAUGUCACGCGACCUCAUGCUCCGAAGCUCCUAAUCCUGAUGUUGACCCGCAUUGGCUGGUCUCGUGGGUCCAGUCAGCCACUCACUGGUUCCAUUCCUAUAUGGACAACGAAACGGUAUCGGAUCGUUCCAAGGGCACCGUUGACUCCGUGGCAGCCACCGACAAAGAUGACGUAACUUCCGAUAUACUGCCUUACUACCUUUGCUCCCCCACCCCACUCGACUGUUUUCUAACCUGCUUCUGUUUUCUGCGUAGUGAAUCUUUGCUGGAAUGCCUGGAGCGUGUUUUCAACGACCGAAUUGACGACUGGGUCCGGGAUACGAAGCAGCACUUUGCUGAGCUGGCCGCAGCCCAAAAGAAGAACGAGGAAUUACUAAUUACCGUAAGCCGGCUGGAAAGUGAAGUGGUACAGCUGUCUGAGGAAAAGAAGCUCGCUAAGAACAACUGUGAAGAUCUUUGUCGACAACUGGCUAGUCUCCCAAUCGAGCAGGACCCUAAUCUUCGUGCUGCUCCUGACUUCCCACAGUACUCAGCGGACAGAGGUGAUCAACAGUCCGUUUUUGGUCGAUUAGGCCGGAUAUUCAAUGUCGGUCAGUCCAAACUUGCCUCGACCGUAGCCAGUCCCAAGAGUGAUGUGGUCGAAGGUUCAUGCCGUGGAUCGGCUGUGUGGAAUGCUGCUCUGGAAAAGGAACGUGAUACAGUGUUGCAUCUUCUCCAGUCCCAUGGAUUCGUUGUUGAAUCAUCUGGUUCACUGUCUUGCUGUGUGGAAUCGAUUCUGACCGAUCUGAAGGAAACACACAAUCAAUGCUCCCAGUUGUCCAAGAAAUUGACAGAUUUUGUUCCACGAUCGGACUAUGACCAAGUUAAUGAUGCUGUACAAGGCCUCCGUAACAGACUUGAUCAAAUAGAGCAACAACGGGCCUACAUUAAGCAGCGUAUAGGAUUGCUGAAUUUCGAAGUUGAUCCCAAUGAUUUUACCGACUGUGUGGAUCUACUCCUGUCCGAAUUGUCUUCGUUGCGCGGUAGUUAUCAGCAGUUAACCAGGGAGAAUUCGCAUCUGCGCAACAAACUAGAUAGCUCUGUGUCUAAGAAAGACUAUGUGGAGUGUCAGAAUCGAGUUGAUGAGCUACUGGAAGAACUAAAGCAACUCCAAAAUGAUGCUGAAGUUGAUUGCCGUAUGGCUGAACGUGCUCUAUCCAUACUAGCACCUUUGGCACCUGCCCCAGUAGAACCUUGCCUCCCCGAUCUAGUUGAAUGGAUUGUGCAUGAGCUGACAGAACAACGGUCUACUGCGGACCAACUUCGGCGUGAUCAAAACCAAGCGGUUUCACGGGUCUGCGCCUUGUGUGAAACAGAUUCGCCCAUGACCUUUUCCGAGUGUCUCGACUUGCUGCAUCGGAAGUGGAUUGAAACACAGGCCGAUCUCAAUGCUCUGAUGACUGAGCGGGAACGAGUUUUUCUUGUGUUGAAAGACAUCCAGCCGGAUUACGAUGCACAUAGUUUGUUGGACUGCAUAAAUUCCUUGAUAUCCUCGUUGACACAAAAGCAAAAUGAUCUUGAAGCCAUGCGCGAGUACUAUGCGAAAAAUUCUGUCCCUUUGACGGAACACGCAAAGCUGCAAUCUGACUUGGAAUUCGUAUGUGACGAAUUGGAUCAGUGCAGAAUCAGAGCUGACGAGCUUGAAGCCGAGCGGAACGAACUCUUACGUUCUUCAGUCCCACUAGAGGAACAUCAGGAAUUACACCAACAACUUUCUGAUUUGGAGAAGCGUAUGGUUGAAAAUAAGCGUAUAUUUGACGCACAGCAACGUCAGAUUCGUCAUAUUCUUUCAGAUGCAGUUGUGGAUCCCAAAGAGGACGACGUGGUUCGAUGUGUCGAAGUUCUGUGUGAACAGCUCGCUGAACGGCGACAGCUGAUUGCUUCACUGGAAGCCCGCUACAACACUGUUGUCACAGAUUGUGAAAACUUGAGGCAACAAGUAGCGAAAGGUGUGGCCGAAUUAGACAAGCGAUCGGCACGUCUUGAGCAGGAAUAUGAAAACCAGCUGAGUACUACUCGUAUGGAACUCGAAGGGAAACUCUCUCAGUGCCUUUUGGAAAACGAAAAAUUCGUUAACGAACUGGAAGAAAACCGAGAAAAACUUCGGAAUUUGAACAGCUUGCUUGAAGCUCGCCAAGCCGAAUCUGAUUGUCUCUUGGAACAACUAGCCGAAAUGGAGGAGGAACUGCAAUCAGUGCGGUCUUCUCUGAAGGCGAAAAGCGAAAGCGCCCAAGCUGCCGUCGAAGCAGCAUUGGCUCAUGAAGAGCGCGCUAAUGCGUUGCAAUCGCAGCUAGACUGUCUGCGAGCUGAACAUGCUCACUGCAUGAUCCGCCCAGCCACUGUGAAUACACAGACCUCACCUGUUGGUAAAUCCAAGUCAACCGAGGAGGUCAAUACGGAGUACGCCGUGCGAGCUCCACGACCAGACUUUACCGACACCAUUGACCCACAAAGUGUGAUACGCUCGCGGAAGUAUGGUGAACUGAAGGCUGUGGCUUUUGAGAUCAAGGAAAAGCUUGUACAUCGAACCAACAAAUUGGAAUCGGCGCUAACUGAAGUGGCGCGCCUGCGUAGUGUGAUACAACAGGAUAAGGAGCACGCCAGUCGUGUACUGGAAGAAGUUGAAGAUCUACGUAAACAAGCUGUGCGCAAGAACAAAAUGAUCCGUGAGCUUGAGACCGAAGUGGCGCGGCUACGAGCAUUGGUUUCGAAUUCCGGUUGUCCACAACCUGUACUCAAUGCUCCGGACACGCACUCAUCUGCACGCACUCCUUCUCAACGGGAACAACCCCGUGGUGCCCAUUGUCGGGUCGCCAUGAAUGGCAGUCUAACUUCAUCUUUUCGUGCAUCCUUACUCCAACAUCCGGACACACCUUCCAUAAACGACCCCGAGUUUGAACGCGAUAUAUCGGUUGUAAAUGCAUCACUGACGACUUCGGCAAUGAAUUCCCCGGACCAGUUUCCAGAACGCGAAACCGUGCCGCCGGAACGUAGUUCCUCGCCACCGUGCAAACGUUGCGAACAACUUUGUCAUGUGGCUGUCAACCUACAGCGGUUGAGUUCAGAACUUCAACGGCACGUGAACGUUGAUUUGGACGAGGAGCUUUCGCUCCUAGACACACUGGAACGACAGACGGUUUCAACGCAAAUAGUCACCUCACCGCUGCCUUCCCAGAAGUCCACACAACCUCGAGAUGCGCGUUCCACCCAGGUUUCCAUGGCAAGCGCACUAAGCUCUAGCGUGGACGAGUUAAAAGUGAACAUUCAGUCUUUGCAUCAUGCGCGGUCGCGUUUGCAACAUUACGCCGGGGAAGUGGAUCGUAUCUGCUCUGUUUUGGUGCGCCGCUCGCAUGACACCGGUGGCGCCGCUUCGCCCCGAAAUGUUUCCAACGCUGACUUGGGAAUGGUCACUGGUAUGAUCGCUCGAAGCUUCGAUUCACUGUCUCGCAUACGCCGUCGCUUGAAAAGUUUCUUCCGUGAAAUGAAUCUCUCCGACAAUGCGACUGGGACGAAAAUCCUUGCCGACUUGCGGGCGGUUAUUCACGAUCUAAGGACUAAUGACUCAAGUCUGGCAAGCGUAAGCAUAUCCUCGGAUCAUCUCGGCGGAAAGGAAAAUGUAGCACCGCAGAUCCUACGACCGGAUUCCCUUUCCAACCAAGCUCAAAUAUACCGCCGUCAGUUUCGUGAGCUCGCACGCGGUCUAGAUUCGAUGGCCAAAGACCUCACCCAAACAACGAAUGUUUUGAGGGCCACUAGAACGAAUUUGGAACGCACUACUACCGGUUUGUCAGUCCCGGAUGUGUCACCGAUUCCUGUCAUGAAACGUCCCUCAUCCAGAACAACGUAAUCCCGAUGUGACUUGAUUUUACGACCUACUUUCUCCAACUUUAAACUUAUGAUAGUAUCUUGUUGUCAUGACCCUUUUACCGAUGUUCUCA